AUACUGUGUUUACUCAGUGUUCGGGCUGGGACAGUAGGCUGUAUAUAAGCUGGGACCGGGGACCUGGGACCGGGGACCGGGGACAGGCAGCUGUUUACCCGGCUGCGUCCUCUCUGGGACAGUGAGUCGUUUCGGGGUCAUUAACAUUAGUCCGGCCUGCUGGUUCUAACAUCUGCUGACACAUCUGAGCUGAGAUGAGCUGAAGACAGGAGGAAGGAGCGCUUCAACUGCAGACUGUCAGGUGAUGAGACCCGAGAGGCUUUAGCUGAAAGUCAGAGGCAUCAUGGAUGACGACUGCAGCCCUCUGCUGACCUCCGAGCAGACUGGAGAGAGCUACUCACACAGAGGCUCCACAGACUCGCUGGACUUCAGGGCUAAAAGGCCGUUCUACGUAGAACCCCGGAACAUCGUAGAUGAUGACCCGCAGGAGAGGGUCUCUGCUGAGGCUGCCAUCCUCAACAGCAGAGUCCAUUACUACAGCAGACUGACGGGCUCUUCUGACAGACUGCUAAGUCCUCCCAACCAUGUGAUCCCCGGACCAGAGGAUAUCUACAUCUACAGCCCGCUGGGGACAGCUUUCAAGGUGACCGGCAGCGACCACUCCUCAAAAAACCCCAGUAUCAUCACCAUAUUUGCGGUAUGGAACACAAUGAUGGGCACCUCUAUACUCAGCAUACCUUGGGGUAUAAAGCAGGCCGGUUUCACUCUGGGGAUCCUCAUCCUCAUCUUCACAGGCCUGCUCAUGCUCUACUGUUGUUACAUAGUCCUCAAAUCACCAAAGGCAAUACCCUACGUGGACACAUCCGACUGGGAAUUCCCUGAUGUUUGUAGGCACUACUUUGGCAAGUUUGGCCAGUGGUCCAGCUUGGUCUUCUCGAUGGUGUCACUCGUUGGGGCCAUGGUGGUUUACUGGGUCCUCAUGUCCAACUUCCUCUUCAACACUGGACAGUUUAUCUACAACUAUGCUCACAAUGUCAACAUGUCAGAUUCAGAGUUUGGAACCAACGGCUCAGAUAAAGUCAUCUGUCCAUACCCAAACACUGACCCUGAAGGAAACCACACUGGCAAACUUUUCCUUGGUAACAGUGGAAAUGGGACUUCUGACAUCGGCUCUUUUGAACACUGGUGGAGCAAAACCAACACCAUCCCCCUCUACCUCAUCAUCCUGCUGCUGCCGCUGCUCAGCUUCCGCUCAGCCUCCUUCUUCGCAAGGUUCACCUUCUUGGGCACCAUAUCAGUGGUCUACCUGAUUGCGCUGGUCACUUUUAAAGCUGUCCGCCUCGGCUUCCACCUGGAGUUCCACUGGUUUGACAAAACCCAGUUCUAUGUUCAAGAGUUCAGAGUGUUCUUCCCUCAGCUGACCGGUGUCCUCACGCUGGCCUUCUUCAUGCACAACUGCAUCAUCACAUUAAUGAAGAGCAACCGACACCAAGAGAACAAUGUGCGGGACCUGUCUGUGGCCUAUCUUCUGGUAGGGAUGACCUAUCUGUAUGUGGGAGUGUUGAUCUUUGCUGCCUUUCCCUCACCUCCUCUCACCAAAGACUGCAUUGAACCAAACUUCUUAGAUAACUUCCCCAGCAGUGAUGUGAUGGUGUUUGUGGCUCGGACCUUCCUGUUGUUCCAGAUGAUCACAGUCUACCCCCUGUUGGGGUACUUGGUGCGGGUCCAGAUGAUGGGCCAGAUAUUUGGCAAUCAUUACCCCGGUUUCUUCCACGUUCUGGUGCUGAACAUCUUCAUUGUCGGAGCUGGUGUCCUGAUGGCCAAGUUUUAUCCCAACAUUGGAUCCAUCAUCAGGUUUUCUGGAGCAACAUGUGGCUUGGCUUUAGUGUUUGUCUUUCCUGCCUUAGUCCACAUGAUCUCCCUGAGAAGGCAGGGAAAGCUUCGCUGGCCAUCAGCCGUCUUCCACAGUUUCCUGAUAGUGCUGGGCGUGGCCAACCUCCUGGCUCAGUUCUUCUUAUAACAGGAAUCCAAUGUCUUGGUUUGAUAACAAUAGCUUUGUAUUUCCUUAAUGGAAUCCAGCCGGUGCGAUUUCUAUGAUAAAAUCAAAUUUAUAGAUAAUUUCCUACGUGAUACUGUUGAUUAUUCCUACCUUGACAAGUUGUGAAGACACAAUGUGAACUGUGUUGAAGCUCUGUGUCUUGGAUAACAUCAGUAGCAAGCUAGCAGGAACAUUUGGAAUAUGGAGUCAGUAAUAAGAGCUAUGAAACAAACAACCAACCAAUCGUCUUAAGCUAUUGAAAUAAAAUUUCUGUAGAUUCAAACAGCAUCUCACUUAAACAUUAACUCUACAAUUCUGUGUGAAUUUUGAAGCAUGAAUGUAAUCUGUAAUUCUUUUUUAUAAUAACAGUAAAUCAAAUGACGUGUAAUGUGAGGCGUCGCAGCUCGUGAAUCUACAGAGAAUUAUCGGCUCCCCUCGACUUUAUAUAGUUUUUUUUCUCUGUCCAGCUGCAACUUUACUGUUAUUUACUAAUCAAACUCACUGCUGUUCAGAGAAAAAAUCCAAACAGCAGACACAGUUAGAGGCUAGUUAGUGAACUUAGUGGCUGAAGAGCCAAAUAUUUAUUUUAUAGGAGGUGGUUGAGACCAAGAACAGAGCUAAAAGAGAGUGAAUAUUAGACUUGCACUGAUCAGCUGGACAAAAAUACCCCCCUAAAUUAAUGAUGAUAAUGCUCCAUAACUGUUUGCUAACAAGCUCACUAUAUCAACUUUGGUCUACUUUGGGAAAAGACAUGAAAAGUCAUGUGUUACAGGUUUACAUGUGAGGCUUUACAGCUGGAUUUAAUGAUCAUAUAGAGUUGUGUCUUGCUGACACCACAUAAUCAUAUUACUAACUUUGUGGUUUUGUAAACUGUUAUGUUUUGAUGACAGCCAUGUUUGCGUAUUUUUUGAAGAAACCUUUGGCACAAUCUUCUAAGCGUCAUGAGUAGUGUUGAUUUACAUGUUGGACAUGUUUAAAUGAUGCCUAUUUUCUAGAUAUUGUGCCUAAUGUUUUGUAUUUUAUUAAUGAUAGGAUAGACAAAGGGAAUAUGUGUGUGAAAAUAAAACAUCAGUCUGUAAGAAUGUUUUGCUUUUAAUCAAACUGUAUCAGUGAUCUAAAAUAAUUCUGGCUUAUUACACUUUGGUCUCAUUUGA